UAAUUUUCCAUCACUUUCGAACGUUGUCGGCGGCCAUUAUUUCAACAUAUGUGAAUGUGUGACAAGUCAUGACAUUUUCAUUUGAAAUAAACAAAUUUUCUCGAUGGAAGACUCGUUUUUUGGAUUUGAUACCUCAGCACCGUUGGACGAUGAUGGAGGAGGGCGUAUCGCUGAACCUUCCGAAGAAGAAUAUGACGCCCUAAAUGACCUUACAUUCGGGUCAGCCAUCAAUGGUGACUGGGAAGAGGUUCACGAGAAUCUAGUUCGUAUGGAUGAUGUUAAAGAUGUGCCGAACAACAGCAAUAGUAAAUCAACAUCAUCCAAACAGAACAAAAAUGAAGAGGAUUCCGAUCUAGAAAUAAAUCUAUCUGGAAUGAAAUUAGAUGAUGUCGACAUUGCAUUCGAUGAUAGUGAUGCCGGCAUUAAUCUUGAUCCUCUAGUUUGGGCAAAUCCCGUUGUAGCUUCCCGAUCUGCGCAAUCAACAUCAAAUAUAAUGGGUAAUAGUAAUGACAAAAGGCAUGCCUUACUCUAUUCAAACCCAGAGGCGUUUCUUCGUGAACACUUUCCAACACCGUUUAACAGCUCCAAUAGUGGCCAACAACCCUCGAGCGUUAAAUCAAACCAAAAUCAGCAGCAACAACAACAGCAGCAGCAACAACAACAUCAACAACAAGCAGUGCAACACGGAAAUAGACCUCCUCAGUUCGGAAUGCAACAACCGAACUCUGUACCAUCUACCCCAAAAAUAUGCACUCUAGAAGACAUCGAGAGAAGCAUUAUUACUCAACAGCAGCAGCAGAAGCAACACAAACAGCUUCAGCAACAUCAAAGGCAAGCGAUUCACGCCAGCCAAAUGAUUGCUUCUACUCCCAAACCCAAGACACCAACGAUUCCUCAUACUCAAGCUUCACACCAACACCAGCAAAUGCCGAAUCCGCAGCAACACUUAGCAAAUCAUCACGCACUCCAACAACAGCAGCAACAGCAACAACAACAGCAGCAGCAUCACCAUCAGCAACAACAACAACAACAGCAAUUCAAGUUUCCCUUUCCCAACGCAACCGGCCCACCACCUGGCUUCAAUAAUCCUAGGCCUAAUUUCAACAACCUGCCACCCCAACAUCCGCUUAAUAACCUCAUGCAUCAGGGUGGACCACCAAACCAUCAUAGAGGUCAGCUGCCGCCAGGGUUUCCAGCAGUGCCGCUAUUUCCUCCAGGCAUCCCAGGUCCUCAUCAGCUCCCCAAUUAUCCACCGCGCCCUAUGCCUAAUUUGCCCGUCGCUCUCAAUAACUUUGCGAUGCAUCCCAACUUCAAUGCUAUGCGCCCAGGUGCUCCUCCCAUGGUACCGCCCAGAAUGCCUCCACAUCCGAGCUUAAUGAACCCAACCGUGGGAUCUGCGUCUGCCUACAACAUGUUCAAUCAGCGCCUGGUGCAAGAGAUCCAGCAGAACCAUCCGAUGCUCUCAAAUGUGCGUCACAGUUUUACGUCGCCGAACAACAACAUGAACAUCAACCCGCAUCAGCAGCUGCAGCAGCAACAACAUCAGCAACAAAUGCAACAGCACAACCGCCUUGAACGCAAACACAGCAGCAACAGCACCAGCAGCAAUAGUCACCACCAGAACAACGGAAGUGGAGGAGGGUUGCGUUCGAACGGAAACCUGCCCGAUGAAUACGACGAAUAUGCCAACCUGAUGAGCACCAGGGACAAGCAUUGGCUGAUAAGCAUUCAAUUGACGCAGCUCAACACCGACACACCGUACAUAGACGAUUAUUACUACACGGUGUUUAGGCAGCGUAAAGCUGAGUUAAGUGGCGACUCUGGCCAGAGCAAGACCCACAAGGACAACCAAUUGAAUCAUCCUCUCACUCAGCCGAAAGGCCAUGCACAGCUUAUAUUGGUGUCAUUGGGUAACAAAAACGGAACGAAUAACCGCAAUGGACAAAACAAUCGGGAGCGCAGGAACUCGGAGAGCAAGAACGACCAGGACCAACAGCGCAAGUAUGUGUUUACUCCUCUGAAGUUCGAGAACUCCUUGGGCAAGCUGCAAUAUGGCAGUGUCACGGCUCCUCGAAAAAUCAUCGACAUGGACAUUAUGGGUCCCGAGGGCAGCCCUCAAUUGAGCACCAAUAUUGAGUUGUCGGCUCAGCGAAAGUCGCGUCACAUUUUACUGCACAUCGAGACGCUGUACAGAAUUGUUCUGAAGCUCGAGGACUUGGAUAAUCCCGCUGCUAUUGCAACUAUCAUUAUGAAGAAAAAGAAGGAGAGCGAACGCCUUGCACUCUUGGAACAAAUGGAGAACGCAAACAAAGUGUCAACUGGCGAUGAAAAAUCAGCCGACACCACUGCAGCCGCAAUAAACCCAGCUUUGAGGAAUAAAUUCUCCUACGAGUUGGAACCGAAGGAGGUACUUCUGGGGCGAUUAUUUGCUGGUCUAGCCCUGGAUAAGGUUAUUGCUAUGAUGAGUGUUCGUAAAGGAAAGGCACUGGUGCGUCGUUUGAUGAAACACAUUGAAGACAAUCCUAUUCGAUGGACUGUUUGGAUGGGCGUGUUUGCUUCCCUGCAGAAUGUCCUAAAGAAAGAUCGCGAAGAUACCGAAGGUGUUCUUUAUGCAUUAUAUCCCGAAUUUAAAGAACAAAUUCGAUCGGCUGAUUUUGAAACUGUUAUAAAGCUGUCGAAUGCCAUGCCAAUGAGCGAAAAGAAAUCAAAUAGCUUGUUUUCGAGCAAGUUUGGAAUUUCUUCUCUGGUCUGCCUUAUUCUACAAGCUGAACUCAUUUACGUGUUAGAUCAAGAUACAACACUAAAUAAUGAAAAUCGAGAUUCUUGGAGGAUAUUCCUUGACUCCGUUGCAACAUCUUUAAAUCGAACAAUUCAAAAUCAAACCGUUUGCGCGGCCAUUGAAUCCGAUUCAAUACAACCGAUGAUGAAUCACUUUGCUCGAUUUAAAGAUCUUCAAUUAGAUUCUCUAUUAGCAUUAAUAUCUCAAGCUAAAGAGCAAAUUAAUUAAUACAAAAAAACUAUUUAAAAAAAUAUAAAAAAAAAAAACAAAUCAAAUUAUAAACAUUAAAAGCUAAUAUUUAAUUAAAAUGCAAACAAAAAGAAAAAUGCAACUAAGAAUUAACUUUCAUUGUUUAAAACGUUUCUUUAAAAAAAAAAAAAAAACAAUAAUAUGCAAAGAUUAAUGAACAAAAAAAGAAAAUACGUAUAAUUAUAUAACAGUUUUAUUUUGUUUCUUUCUUUUGCUUAAAUAAUAAUAUUCACGUAAUUAUUUUUGUUUCGGUUUAGUAUUCUUUUUAAUAAUUUUAAUAAUAAUUUCCCACUUUUUCGUUGGUGUUUUUGUAAAUAUUUGUAAAAGCAAAAACUUUAGUUAUUAUAGAUAAUAAAAUGUUUAACUAACAAUUUAUAUUCAGUGCAUAAAUAAAAAUAUCAAUUCAAUAACAUUUUCAAAUGAAUUAUAUUUUCAAAACCAAUUGAAAAUGUUUAAAGCUAUAUAAAGGAGACACUUCUUGAAUAAUUGUCAAAAAGAAAAAUAAAAAUGUUAACUCAUGGCCACCAUCAUACAUUUCCUUUUGCAAGGCUUGAAAUUUUAUUCAUAAUGGAAAUAAUUAUUUUCACUCUGUAAUUUAUGCAUACAUCUUUUUUAGUAUUUAUGUAUAUUAAUUAUAAACAAAAAAAUUAAAGUAAUAUUUGUAGAAGUCAUCAUAAAUUAAUUAAAUAUUUAAUGUUAAUUCUACCUGUUUCUUUAUUAUUAUAACUUUUUUUUAUUCUUAAAAUAUAUCUUUUUGUUUUCCUUCUUUACCUUUUAAAUAAUGUGAUACUUCAAUUCGAAAGAUAAAAGUAAAAUUUAUUGUCCACUAUUCAAUUUUUUGUUUUGUGCGUUUAAGAAAAAAGUUAAAUAAAUAAAUUACAUAAUUUGGCCGACGGGUUUAUUAGAUAAAUUACUCGAUAUCGGUGCAGGUAGUUAUGUGCAUAUUAAUGUAUGUUAAGUAUUCACGGCGUCGUUUUAUUAUUUUGUUUUUCUAUAAUUAUUUAUAUUAGUUUAAAUGCAAAAUGUUAAUGAUGACAUUUAAAAAAUUAAUCAAUUUGUUGAUAAAAUGAUGCGACCCUCAACGCCCAGCAAUUAUUUUUUUUUAGUUUUUUUGAAGCCUCUUCCAAAAUUCCAAAUACGAAGACUUUCAAAAGUUCAAUAGCAAGAAAAAGAAAAGAUUUUGGGAUUUUUGAAAUUGCCUUCAAAUACUUAAAUCAUUAAAAUAUUAUAUUUAUUUAAACACAUAAUAAACACUUUCAAAAUUAACGAUGUGUUGUUCUUGGAAUCAACAUCGAAAAUGUUCAUAUUUUAUGAACUUAAAAAAUCUUAUUUCUUGGCAGUCUUCAAAACCAAAAAAAAUGGAAAUAUAUUUAAAAAAUAAAAAAAAAAUAUAUAAGUAACUAGAAUUCAUUAUUAAGUUAAUAAUUUUUAUGAUUUUUGAUUGUCUUCUUAUAUAAUUAAUAACCUUAUAAAAAAUAUAAUUUAUCGACAAAAAUAAUAACAAAAAACAUAUGUAGUCAUUUAAACGUAAUUAAAAAAAAAUAUAUACAUUUUAUAAUUUUCAUUUGUGAUUUAUAUUUUUUUAUAAAAUAAAAAACAUAUAUAUAUAUAAAUAUAUUAAUAAAACACACACCUUACUUAUUACUAGAAAUAAUUUAUAUUUAAAAAAAAAUUCAAAAAAAAGAACAUAUUUAAAAAUUAAUUAAAAAAAUAAAGAAAAACGUGCGUAUAGGAUGAAUAUUUGUUUAAAAAAUCCUAAGUCGUUUCGGGGCAUACAAUUCACUUUAUAUAAUAAAUUUUAAACAAAACAUGCAAACGUCUAUAUAUGUUUAUUAAUAUUUAUUAAAGAAAAAAAUAACAAAAAAAAAAACAACAAAUAUUUUCUAUGUCAAGUGCACUGGUAAUUUUAAUUCUUAAAAACAAAAAACAUAUAAAUAAAAUAUAAAAUUUGAGGACUGCCUGCCCCUUUCUAAAAAUACUUUUUUUUUGCAAUUAGAUCCGUAUUUAUUGUGUUAUGACGUAAAACAACAAAUAAUUCAUGUUUUUAUUUUAUAUUCAAUAGAUAAUAAAUAAAAUAAAACAAAAUUAAAUUGUGUAAUAAAAAAUUAAAACCGUAAUCGGGUACCUUGCAUAAUUUAUCAAUAAUUAAAUUAAUUGAAAAAAAAGAAACAAAAAUAUUUAAAAACAACUAAAAUUAGUUAAAUGCAAAAUAUCGCCUGAAAUAUAUUUUGAAACAAAACGAUAUUUAACAUAAAUUAAAAGAAAAAGAAAGAAUUAUUCUAUGCUUUUCUAGUUAUAUUUUAUUGGUUCAAAAGAAAAACAAAACAAAACGCUAUGAAAAUUAAAACAAAAACAAACUUUUUACUCCUUUAAAACAAAAACACAAAAAAAAAGAACAUAAACAAAAAUCGCCCCCCACUAAACAAAAAAAAAAAUCAAUAGUAGAUUUUAAUUAAAUGUUUUUAACUAAAAAAAGAAAAAAAUAUUUUAAACUAAAUAGAACAAAAUGAGAAUACAUUUAAUGAUCAUGAUCACAAAACAAAUAAAUAAUUUGUCAAUAUACAAAAGAGAAAUAAUAGCUGAAAGUAUAACAACAUACAAACAAAAAUAAUUUUAAAAGAAAAAAAGAACGGAAGGAUAUAUUAUAUAUAAAAUAAAUAUAUAUAAUAAUUUUCUUUUUUUACAUAGACAGAAUAUUGAAAAUAUAUACAAAUGAAGAACA